AUGGGUUCCUUGAGGGAUGACAACCACACUGCAGUGACAGGCUUCAUUCUACUGGGCUUAACUGAUGACCCCAUCCUUAAAGUCAUCCUCUUCAUGAUCAUCCUGUGUAUCUACCUGGUGACUGUAUCUGGCAACCUCGGCACAAUCAUUCUUAUCAGAAUCUCUUUUCAGCUCCAUCAUCCUAUGUAUUUUUUUCUGAGCCACCUGGCUUCUGCAGACAUAGCUAUUUCAACUACUGUCACACCCAAUAUGCUUGAAAACUUCCUGGUGGAGGGAAUUCCCAUCUCCUAUCAUGGAUGUUGCACCCAGCUUGGUUCAGCUGCAUUCUUUGGGACAGUGGAGUGCUUCCUUCUGGCUAUCAUGGCAUAUGAUCGCUUUGUGGCAAUUUACAAACCACUGCUUUAUUCAAUCAAAAUGUCCACACAAGUCUGUGUUCAGUUCCUCAUAGUGGCUUAUGUGGGUAGUUUUCUCAAUGCUUCCUCCUUUGCUAUUUGCUACUAUUUUUUAUUCUUCUGUGGACCAAAUCGAGUCAAUCAUUUUUUCUGUGAUUUUGCUCCUCUAGUUGAACUCUCCUGUUCUGAGAACAGUAUCCCUGUAGUUGUCCCCUCAUUUACAGCUGGCUCCAUCAUUUUGUUCACUGUGUUUGUCAUAAUUGUUUCCUACAUGUACAUCUUCAUCACCAUCCUGAAGAUGCGCUCCAAUGAGGGGCGCCACAAGGCCUUCUCCACUUGCACCGCCCACCUCACAGCAGUAAGUCUGUACUUUGGGACCAUCAUAUUCAUUUAUGUGUUGCCCAAGUCCAGCUACUCAACUGAUCAGAAUAAAGUGGUGUCCGUGUUCUAUAUGGUGGUGAUCCCCAUGCUGAACCCCAUCAUCUAUAGCCUCAGAAACAGUGAGAUUAAGGAAGCUCUAAAGAGAAUGCUUGGUAGAAAAAUAUUUCAUAGGAUUUGA